CGUAAAACAACAUCUGCUUAAGAAUGUGUCACGAUCAUGAAUAGUGUCUAUUGAUACAUGUAUACGACCAAUCGCUUCCAUCUUUACAUCGUCACUCGAUGUCUUAACGACCCCAUUUGUGUACAUGUACACGUAUUAUGACAUGGGACAUGCAAAUUUUACAAACGCUCUUCUAGAUUUCGCUUUUGUUCAGACCCAUGUUUAGGAGUCACAUGAAACAAAAGUUGAAUUCUAAAAAUGUUGAACUUGAUAUUGUGCAAAUCUAGGUCAACGAUAGAAACUGUAAUAUAAUGUAUCCGCACCCCGAUUUCCCUACGCGCCGACCCAUUAAAUAACAAAAGAAUUCCACGGUCGAUGAUCAUUUGGACCAUAAACAUGAUACAGGAGAAAUGAUUUUGUAGCAAAAUGUUUUCUUAGGGCGGUUCCCCGAGGUUGGCACGGGACAGGAUGACGUACUCCUCCGAUUUAUGGCCCAUGAUUGUGGCCGCGAUAUGCGCCCUGCUUUGGAUAUUGUUGGGGGUCAUCAUUAUGAUUGCACUGAAAUCAGAAAAGAACAGGAAAAUAAAACAUAUGAAAAGAGCAGCCAAAAUGAGAAAGAAGUUAAUGGAAAAAAGAGCUAAAACUGCUGUUCCUUUUGGUCCUGGUCCAGUAAUGUAUCCGCCGGGAAUGAAACCUCACGAGGUGAUAGUGAUGAAUUCCCUGCCCAGGAAUCGCCCGCGGGACACCCCGAAGGUUGUGCCCCUGGAAGAUGACAUUAUAUAUGACAACAAGCGCUCAAGCAGCGAGAUCCGCCGAGAUGACGGCGAGAGUAGACGGGAAACGUAAUAGCUGCGUCACGAAUACCUCGAACUGACGUAAAAUGACGUCAUAUAAUCGAACGUCUAGUCUCUAGAGAGCAUGGCGUGUCUCACAUGCAGUACGCGAGGCUUGUAUUGCGUGCCCCUGAGGAGAGAUUCGCCUUAACACAGAAAAUGUAUGAGAUUUGAUAAUGACUUUGUAUCAGAAAAGUGAUUAAAUAAUAGAUAAAGGCAUUAACAAUGUAUCAUUUUCAGUAUAAAUGUAUGUCGGCAAAGCUUCAUUUAUUCGUAUAUAAUGCUUUAUGCGUUUAUAUGUAUGUUUGAAAUAUCUAGAGUAUUGUUUAUAGAUAUGUAUGUACGUACAUAUCUUGAUUUUGAAGUCAUUGUAUAGUAUAUAUUAUUAUAAAUCGGCUGAUAUCAAAAUAUUAAAUUUGAUACGUUUUACCCAUUUGUGUGCAUAAUACCCUGUUGUAUACUUUUGUCUGGUAUUCUGAAAAUGAGGUUUAGUAGAAAAUUAAGUGCAAUAUCUUUAGUAUAAGAAUCACUUCCAUUCAUGACGUGAAUCUCUACAACUAGCAAAAAAUAAUUGAUUAAUCUAUCGAUAGAGUGAUGAAAAAGUUAAGUUUUUCAAAUUACAAACAGGCAAA